AUGGACGAUACACCUGCGCCCAAGCUCUCGGAGCUGCUGCGGCAUCCCGACGAUCUGGACAAAAUACCUGCGCUAAAGCUGGAAUUCUCACGAAAAAAGGGCGCAGUAGAUGGACAGCUUCGCAGUGGUCUGCGAGAGCAGCUCGAGACAACGCAAUCGGGCAUGACGGGUCUCAACGACGGCCAGAAGACAGUCCAGAUGAUCAAGGAGGAAAUGAUCAAGAUCGACAAGCUGUGCUCCGAAUCACAGAACAUGAUAAAGGACUUUGCAAGCAUCAAUCUGGUGUCACAAGCACACCGCAACUUCGGCGCCGUCGAGACGAUGCGCCGCAACCUGGAGACGUUCAACGAUCGCAUAUCGCGGGUCGAGGGUAUGCUAAGGGAGGACGACGAGGAUAACGACAACAUGCCCAACCUACUGCCGUGCCACUACGAACUCACCCAACUAAGAAACAUUCGCGACGAUGCCAUGGAGCAAAUACAGCGGGCAGAUGACGACAGUCUCGAACCCACAUUAGUCGACUACUUUGCGCGACUGGACGAUACGAUCGACUGGUUUGACGAGCAUGUCGGCAUUAUUGCUCUGAAUCUCAUCAACCUAGUUGUGCAGGACAACAACGGGCUUGUGGUGCGAUUCGCGGUGGUGAUGGAAGCUGAGGAAACGAGCGACCAACGGGUGCUGGCACUGCAGGAAGCUCUGAAGGAUCACAGGGAAAUGGCUACACGGUUCCAGAGUAUCACAGACGGUGCGAAGAAGGUCCGUGGCUACAAAGACAAGUUUAUACAAGCCAUCCGACUCAGCGCCGAGCAGCAAUUCGAGGGGGCAAAGGAAGAGUUCCUCGACGAUCCGAGCAAGCUUGACAAGAUUAUGAAGUGGUACUUUAACGAUCUGAAUGUCGUCAAGGUCGGAAUGUCGCAUCUCAUGCCCAAGAAGUGGAAUAUUGUAAAGACAUACGCAGGUGUCUACCACCAGCUUAUGCAUGACUUCCUGGUUGGCAUGGUAGAUGGCAACGAAGCAUCAUCGGCACAUACGCUAGAGAUUGUGGGCUUCCCAGAGAAGUACUACCGGAAGAUGGCCAAGAUUGGGCUCAAGCAAGAAGAGCUCGUGCCACAAGUCAUCGACAACCGUGAAGCAGAGCUCGUACGCGACUUUCGUGAACUCAUCAUCAAGUUCCUUGACGAAUGGAUCGACCGAAUAUUUGCGCAGGAGAAGCGCGACCUGGCAGAGCGCAACGUGGAGGGCUCCAACUUGGAUCAGGAUGAGUAUGGCUAUUUCCGAACCAAGAACUUUGUCGCUCUAUGGCGUAUGCUGCGCGAGCAAGUAGACGCUGCUGCCAAUUCCCAGCGCGCCGACGUUGUCGAAGGCGUUAUCGACGCAAUGUUUGCUCGUCUGCGCACUCGCCAACAGUCGUGGCAGGCUAUGAUUGAAGACGAGGCUAUCCCCUACGAAGAGGGUAAAAUCCCUGAGCUGGAGGGUUUCCAAGCUCUUCAAGAUUGGCUUGUGGCUACGGCCAACGACCAGAUUGCGUCUAUCGACGACAACGAAGACGAGGGUCGCCUGGCCUAUCUGUCCAGUUUCCGCCGUCUGGUUGAGCAGCAUGUCUCGCCUGCAUACCUCGAACGUAUCGAUUCUGAGGUCAACAUGUUGCGCGACGGCUACGUCGAUUUCAGUACGUGGUGUAUCACCCGCUUCGCUCAACUCGUCUUCACUGUCGAUUUCAGCACGGUCAUGCCCGACUUCUUCACACCCCGCUGGUACACAGGUAAUGCAAUGAAACAGAUGGUGGUGACAUUCGAAGAGUACGUCAACGAUUACCGCCAGGUACUGCACCACUCCCUUGUGGACAUUUUUAUCGAGAUUUUUGCCGAGGAGCUGCUUGUGCGGUACUUGUCAGCCGUGCGAAACAAGGGCGCAAAGUUCCGUCGCACCGACCCCUUCCAGGACAAGCUGUUCAACGACAUCUCUACUGCAUUUGAGUGCUUUAGCACACUGCCAUCGCCUGACGUCGGUGCAUCCAUCAAGGAGACCUGGCGUGUCACAGAGCACUUCCUGCGCCUACUAUCGGCAGACCGUGAUGCCAUCGUUGACGCUUACGUAGCUUUCAAGAUGGCCUACUGGGAUCUGAGCGUUCAAUGGGUCGAGGUUGUGCUGAGGACGAGAGAUGAUUUCGAGAGGUCUAUGAUAGCAGCGGUCAAGAAGGAGGCCGCCAAUAUCGAUAUCGAACGUGGACCGGAGACUAUCAUGAGUAGAGUCAAGUAA